GUCGAAAGGGGCGGUGUUGCCGCCGCACAGAAAGCGCUGACAGAAAAGGAGCAUGAGUUGGUCGAAAGUAAACAGCGCGAGGCGGCAAGCACCGCUGAGUGCAGCAUGGCUCAGGAGCUCGCGCGCGAGAGCACCGAGGCGCUAAAGGAGGAGAAGGCUAAGAGAGCAGAGGCAGAGCGGUUGCGGACGGCGCUAGGGUGUUUUUUGGUUCUGGCGGGGUUCUUCGGAGCGUUCGAUUUGAUUUUAUUGGCUCGAGCGAUUUUCCAUCUGGAAGAUCCAGGACACUUGUCGAAAAUUUUUCCUGUAGGAAAUUUGACCGAUUGGCACCCCUCCGUGGCAUGUGUGCCAUAG